AAAGAACAGCAUUCAUUCAGGGCGCGUAUCCAGCACCAAAAUUAUAACAACAACAACGCAUGGGAUUAAAUUCUUGGCCCAAUAGCACCUAGUCCCGAGGCUUGACAAGGCCUGCACAUUCGCUCGGCAUUCCGGUCACGCACCAAAGGACUUGUCAAGUAGCGCUAACGAGCAGGAGCUAUCAACAGCUAAGAAUUGGGAUGGCUGGAAUGCGGCAAAACAGAGGACUAUAGAGGACGCCGGAAGACGUGUGCCGACGGGCAGGACGAGCCACCCCGUCCCCGUGUGCCAGUCCACGAGCGCCAGCAGGGGUGAAGGGCGGUGCGGGCAGCCGUCUGUGGGGACACGGGCCUCAGAACUCGCUCGCCCGUGACGCGGGUGCGGCCGUCACGAUAUCCCGCUGGCGGGUCCGGAGCAGGGGGCGUUAGGGCCAGCGCGCAGGGCCCCCCUCCCGGCCUGACUGGGCGCCGCCACCACGGCCGGCGAUGCCCCUGCGGCUGAAGCGGGACAAGGAUAAAGACAAGUCCAGCGGCGGCGCGCCUGGCACCUCGGGCACAGCGCCCGUCAGCUCCAAUCCAGUCGCGUUCGCGGAUGCGCCUGGGGUCGCCGCCGCUACGGCGGCAGCUACAGCGGCGACCGCCGCUGCUACAGCUGCCGCAGGCAGUGCCAGCGGAGCUGUAGCACCAGCUCACCAGCAGCAGCGGCUGCUGAGCACCAUUGACAGCACCGGCACCGCCAGUCCCAGCGAGGGCUCGAGGUCCAUCGGCCUCGCGCACCCGCCAGGCAUCGCCUCGCCCUUUGAUACCGCCUCCGUUGCUGCAGGGAAGCAGGUCGCUCCCGGCCGCAGCGCAGCUGCCCCGCUGGCUAUUGCUACCGCUGCUGCUGCGCCGACCGCAGGGAGUAGUUGCGGGACGCCGUCAGGCAAGUCGGCGAAAACGCGGCUGUUCGGUCGCUCCGCAGCCGCGGCGAGCCAGGGCGGUGCCGCAGGCGGAGAGGGCGGAGAGGUGCGCAGUGGCGGCGGCCUCGCUCGCGUCAUGCGGCUCCUGUCUACCAACAAAUCGACGUCGUCGGCUGCGGCGGUAGCGACGAGUGCUACUGCUGCCGCUGCUGCCGCGGCGGCGGCGGGUACAGCAGCAGGGGGCGGCGCGCAGCCGGUGUCGCCUGUCGCGUCUGCAGCGGGCGCCGGAUGGGGCCCCGGUGGUGGGGACACCGCGAGCAGGACGGGCUCUGCGCCGCCGGUCCAGCAGGCCCAGCAGCCCAGCAGCAGCAACUCCGGCAGGCGGUGGGCGGGCCUGCUGCGCAUGACGCGCGACGAUGGCGCCAGCGCCGGUGGCGGCGGUGGCGGCGGCGCCUCCGUCUCCAUCUCCACGUCGCAGCCGCAUGACCAACUGCUGUUGACCGCCGCCACUGGCAUCACCGGCAUCACCAGCGGCGGCGCCGGCGUCGGCAUGACCACCCUGAUGAUGACAGACACGGCCGGCAGCAUCGCCAGCGGCGCAGGCGCCUGCGGCGCCUCAGCCGCCGCCUCGGCGGCGCGCGACGGCCACGCCCUGCUGGACGCCGCGCCCGCCGCCGCCGCGGCAGCGGCGGGAGCGGGAGCACUGCUGUCGUCCAGCCAGGGCUACGGGUUUCGGGGCACGACGCGCCCGUCUGUGCUGAACCCGGGCGCGUGGCGGGAGCUCUCGCAAGGGCAGCACCCUAUGAGCCCGGCGUCGGGCACGGAGGGCGGGGGGCUGGGACCGGACUCGAUACACAGCGGCGAGGAUACGGUGGAGCGGCUCAACCGGUUCCGCAAGGCCUCCGGCCGCAACAUGCGGCCUAGCCUGGAACGCUCGGUGCAGCACAACCGGCUGCAGCAGCAAGGCGGCGGCCAGGGAGCCAGCAGCACGCCCACCAGCGGCGUCGGGGGCGUGGCAGGAGGGGGUGCGGGAGGCGGGGGAGGAGGUGCCGGCACGGGCCACCAACGCGACACCGCCAGCAGCAUCCUAUUGAACAGCACCAUGGAGAGCGGGCUACCGCGCGAUUCGUUCGAGAGCGACUGGGACGUUAUGGGCGGCGACGGCGACAUCAACGCCAUGUCCGCCGCCGGCAUCAGCACCUCGCUCUACACCGGCGGCGGCGGCGGAGGGCUGGGCGGCGGAGGGCUGGACGGCAACAGCGGCGGCCCCGGCAUCAACAAGGCGCUGUUGGCGGCGGUGGGCACGUUGCACGCGGCGUCCAACGGCGACAGCGGUGACGCGUUCGGGGGCGGCGGCCGCAACGCGGCGGACAAGGCGCGGCGGCAGGGCGGGCGCCCCGGCGGCAACGCAGCCGCACGCGACGGCGGGCCCUCCGACCAGCAGCGCCAGCAAUCAGGCGCAGGCGGAGGCGGCGGUGGCGGGAUGGGCAGGGCGGCCGGCGGCAACUCCACUUCCACCUCGGGCGCAGGCGGCGGCGGGGGCGGCGGCGGCGGCGGCGGGGGCCAGGACGUCGGCACGGCGGCGCGCGGCGGCGGCGGUGGCUUGCGCGGCCCUGGGGCCACGCUCUCCGGCGGCACGGGCACGGGCACAACGUCUUCUGGCACGGUGCCGUUGGACCUAUCCUUCAAUCCGGACCGUCAGGGCGGUAUGGCCGGCGGCAGGAGGCUGGGGAUGGUGCGCCGAGAGCGCAGCGAUCGGGACCGCUUCCGCCGCUGGCGGCGCGGCAGUGCCGGUGGCGGCGGAAGCGGCGACGGCGGCAGCGACGACGAUUACGGCGACGCUGACGAGGACGACGCCGGCCGCCGCCGCAGCGACGACCCGGCGGCGCCGCCGUCGCGCCGCCUCAGCCGUGACCCGGCGGCCGGCGAUGGCGGCGGCGGCGCCAAGAGCAGGGCUGCCGGUAGCGCGCCCAGCCCUGAGGAUCUCUUGGCUGCCCAGAUGAUAGCGCUGCAGAACCGCAUCAAUGCACUGACAGAUGAGGAUUUGCUGAACCCCUCUGCCAAGCUGGGCUUUGUCAGCCCCUCGGCAGCGGCAGCGGCGGCACCGCCGCCGCCGCCGCCCGGUACGGCGCAGCUGACGAUGCUGCAGUCGUACGUACAGCCCGCCGCCGCCAUGGGCGGUCUGAAUGCCGGCAUGAGUAAUGCGGCGCUGCCGUACCUGCCCAGCAGCGGCGGCACGGAGGGGCCUGGCGGCGGCGGCGGGAUGCCGCACUCUGUGUACAGCCACCAACUGCCGCUGAUCCAGGGCUCGUACGGCCACCAUCAGUCCCACCACCACCCGCUGUCUCCGCACCACGUCUCGGCACAGCAGCAGCAGCUACAGCAGCAGCAACAGCAGCAGCAAAACUACCAACAACAGCAGCAGCAAAACUACCAACAACAGCAACAGCAGCAGUUUCAGCAGCAGGUGCAUGCGCUGCACCAACAAAUGCAGCAACAGCAGCACAUGGUGGGAAUGUAUGGCGGCAUGGGGCUCGGCGGCAUGCCGCAGCAAGUCCAGCAGCACCAGCAGUACCAGCAGCAGUACGGGGCAGGCUCGUUGGCACAGGUGCCGGGUAGCAUGCUGUUCGGCGGCGGCGGAUCCGGGAUCCUACCUCAAGGGCCGUACGGCGUUAUGGGUGGCGGCGGCGGCGGCCCAAUGCAGUUGCAGACGGCGGUGACGGCGCCGCUGCCGCCGUCCAUGCACUUGUCACCGGCGCCGACGGGGUACGGCGGCGGACCCGGCGCCGGUGGCGGCAUGCUGCCGCAGGGCGGGAUGGGCGGUGGCGGUGGCAGUGGCGCGCCCGGCAGCAACGCCGGCGGCGGUGGCGGCGGCGGCAUGGGCGCACUCGACGCGCUGUCCGCCUUCCUCGGCGGCCCACCGUCACGUGCGGCCAGCAUGUACGACGGCGGUACGGGCACGUUGAUGAACACUGGCGGCGCCGCCGCCGGCGGCCCCGGCUCCCAGGCCUCUGCCAUCGCCGCCGCGCUGCGCUACGGCUCGCCCGCCUCCGCCAACGGCACCAUGGGUCGCGCCAGCGGCGUGCCCCCGACAAUGAUGCGAUCCAUGCAAUCCAUCAACGAGGACAGCGGUUACCCCGCAUCAGGGCACGGCGGCGCUGGCGCCGCUGGCGUCGCCGCCGGUGCCGCCGCGGUGGGCUUGAACCCCCUGCAGGUGGGCGGCUCCAGCCACCGGCUGGCGUUGAGCAACACACGCACCGGCCUGCCGCUGACGGAUGAGCCCGCCGGCCCCAGUGUGCUGUUGUUAGGGCGCAACGACGGCACCUCGCAGCGGCCCGCCAGCUCACGCGCCGGCGACGUCACGGCUGGCGGCGGCGUCGGCGGCAGCACGCCCGGCGGGCUGCAGCCCGGGCAGCUGUUCUCCACGGACGGCAGUAGCAACGGCGACAAGUCGGGACCCACGGGUGCCGGGCGGCAGGGGCUAACCGGCGCAGUGGGCACCGUCGUCGGCGUCGUUGGCGGCGGCGGCAGCAGCAACGGCAGAACGGGCUCCGCCGACGCGCCGUCGCCCGAAGCGCCGCGCGCGCCGCUGCCGCCCAUAUCGACGACACCGCCGCCGGCGCGGCCCGCCGGCGGCAAGUUUACACUGGCGGCGGCGCUGAGUCGCUUCCAGGAGGAGCUGCAGCAGAGCAUCGCGGCGCCAGCAGCGGGCGCAGUCACCGGCGCCGGCGCCACGGGCAGCGCCGCCACGGCCGCCGCCGCCGCGGGCACGGGAACUGUCGCGGCAGGGUCGCGCAGUGAGCUUGGCAGCGACCGCGGGUCGGAGUGGGCGGAACAGGGCAGCAGCAAUGGUGGCGGUGCUGGUGGCGGCGGCGGUGGCGGCUCCCGCCGAGUGCUUAACCGUGUGCUUCACCCGAACGCGGUGCCUCCUGCGGCCGCUGUUCAGCACCAUCAGCAGCAGCAACAGCAGCAGCAGGCGCAGUUCCAACAUCAGCAGCAGCUACACCAACACCAGCAGCAGCAACAGCAGCAACAGCAGCAACAGCUUCAGCUGCAGGCGCAGUUGCAGCAGCAGCAUCACCAACACCACCAGCAGCAGCAGUACCAGCAUCAGCAGUACCAGCAGCAUCUACAGCAGCAGUCGCAGAUGCAGAUGCUCCCGGAGAAUCCCGAGUCGGUCAUGCAGCAGCUCAUGAACAGCAACACACUCAUGUCGCCAGGCUCGGUACAGCAGUCCGCCGGCGGCUCAGGCCUGGGAGCACAGCAGGCACCGCACGGACCAGGAGGCGGCGGCGGCGGCGCGGGCGGCGGCGCUGCGGCGCAGCAGAUGCAGCAGGCCCAGAUGCAACAGCACAUGCAACAGCACCUGCAGCACAUGGCCCAGAUGCAUCACAUGGCGCACAUGCAGCAAAUGCAACAGAUGCAGCAGAUGCAGCAAAUGCAACAGGCGGCCGGCGGCGGCGGUGGCGGCGGCGCGGCUGGCCUCAUGGGCACAGGCAGCACGCGCGGCACGCGCCCCAGCGGCGAUGCCGGUGGCACCGGAUCCAGGCGGUACAGUAUGGACUACCUGUACGACGAGUUCUUCAGCAAUGCGCCCGUGCCGUACGACCUGUACGGCAACGCCGCGUUGCAGCACAUGGCGAGCGCCGCAGCCGCCGGCCUGGCCGGGCCUGGCGGCGGCGGCGUCAUGAAUGCGGCUGGCGGCGGCGCGUCGUCGGGCAUGCUCGAGAGCAGCGACGUAUCUGCUAGCACGGCCGCCGCGACGGCGGCGGCACAGGCAGCGUACAACCGCAGCAGCGCCGCUGCCGCUGCGGGCGCGAUGGGGCCGGGCCCGCCGCCGGUGCACAGCCGCAGCGUACGGCGCAACGUGUCUACGGAGUCGCUCCGCAUCCAGGCCGUGACGGCGGCGCAGCGCUCCAUGGAGGGCCGAGCUGCCGCCGCCGCCGGCGGCGCCGCUGGCAUGGCGCCGUCGCCCUUCAGCACCGGCGCGCGGCAGCCAUCGGGCUUCAGCGGCGGCGGCGUCAGCGGCAGUGGCGAGGGCGGCGGCGGCGGCGGCUCCAACCGCCUGCUGGCAGGCUAUCCCAACGCCAGCAGCGGCGCGCUCGGGCCGGGCUACGGCACCGGCGGCGUCGCCGGCGGCUUCGUGCCGUACUAUGCGCUGUUGUCAACGCCCGGCAGCCAGGUCGACGGCGGCGUCAUGCCGCUUGCCGAGCCGACGCUGGGGCAUGCCAGGCCAGAGGCCGCCGCCAGCGCAGCGGAGGCGGCAGCGGCAGCAGCGGCUGGCGCCGCCGCCAGCGCCGCAGGCACCACCGCCGCCGUCUUUGCUACCACAUCCAGGACGCUGUCGUCAAUGGGGCACAUGUCUGGCGUGUCAAGCACCAACGCCACACGCGGCACAAACCGCGUCGGUGGCACCCCCGGCGGCAUCGCCACGCCCGGUGGCGGCAUCCCUGGCGGCGCCAGCACGCCCGGCGGCGGCGCGGCCGCCACCAACUCGCCAUCACCCAACCCCAGCACGAUGGGCUCCAGCGUCGGCGCAACGGCCACAGGCGAGGAGAACGCGCUGCCCACCACUGCUGCCGGCAUCGGUGGCGCCGCCGCUGGCGCCGCCGCCGCCGCAGUCGACCGCAACGCCGCCAGCCGCCUCUUCUUGGAAACCGCCUCCAUGAGCGGCCCGAGCGGCACCACGACCGGAGGCGGAGGUGGCGGCGGCUCCACCACCGCCGGCCUUUCAUCCCCCGGCUCCGCCAUCGGCGGCGGCGGCGGAGCCGCCGGCCUGGACAUCAACCUUGGCGGCGGCCCGGGCCGCGGCACCAGCACCGACGCCGUACUUGCCGGGUUCAUGGAGUCCGUGCUGCGAAGCGGCGCCGCGGCGGCGCUGCUGGAUGACCUGGACCGAGUUAGCAGCGGCACCGCCACCACCGAGCUGGACACAGGCGCCGCCGGCGCGCUGGCGGCGGCGGCGGCGCACGGCUUGGCGAUCCUGGCACCGGCGGGGUCAGGCCCGCUGGCAGGCAGGCCGGGCUCCGCGGGAACCGGCGCCAGUAGCGUCGCUGGGCGGCCGUCCACUGCGGCGUCGAUUGCCAUGUCGACGGCAGCUGCCCGUGGCGGCGGCGGCGGUGGCGGCGGCGCAGCCGCCGCGCAGGCACAGCAGCAGGCGCAGCAGCAGGCCGCGGCGGCGAAUGCUGCUGCUGCCGCGGCGGCGGUAGCGGCUGGCGCCAGCGCGCUGCUUGGCAGCAAGCGCUCAUUGGAAGCGCUGAUGGCGUUCUGCGAUGAGUCAGGGCAGCCGCUGCUGCCGAUGCUACAGCCAGCAGAGGCGGCGCAGCUGCAGCAUAUGCUGCUACAGCAGCAGCGGGGCGCAUCGGCGUCGCCUGGCGGCGGGCAGGGCUUCGCGGCUACCGGCGCCGCUACGCCUGGCUUUCACCCGCCGGGCUCGGCAUCCUCAAUUCAAGCUUCUCAGCUGCCUUUGCACCUGCAGCAGCAUAUGGGCGGUGGCGGCGGCGCGAUGGGCGCUCUCAGCCAGCAGCAGCAGCUGACACUGCAGCAGCAGCUGCAGCAUCUUCAACUGCAGCAGCAAAUGGCGGGGCUGCAGGGGCACAGCCAGCAGCUGUCGCCGCAGCAGUACCUGCUGAACCCGCACCAGCAACACCAGCAGCACUCACCGCAGCAGCAGCAGCAGGCACAUGUUUAUCCAGGCGGUCUCGGGCAGGGCUCUGGCGGCCUGGGUGGCUCCGGCGGCGCAGGCGCAGGCUUCAGCGGCUGGGACAGCCUCAUGUCCUCUCAGAACUCCAUCAACGUACCCAACGCCGCAGCCCUGCUGUACCAGCUCAACCAACAGCAGCAGCAGCAGCAACAGCAGCGUGCUGACCAGCACCUAUAUGACUCGCAAUCGCACGCACAGCAGCUGGGCCCCGGCACGGCCCCCAGCACGGCCCCAGGCACGGGCACGGGCAUGGGCGCGGCUCCGCUGCAAUCCCUGGGAAUGGCCAUGGGCCUGCCACGUGCGCAGUACGGCACCGGGGAGGUGCUGCUGCUGGCGGCGGGCGGCUUAGUUAUUGUGUUUAACCUGGUGAUAAUCAUAUACGUGCUCAUCACCAUGCAGCUGCUGCUGGAGCAAGGCGGCAGCGGCAAGGCCGGCGGCGGCGGCGGCGCGGGGCCGGAGCUGUAGCUGGGCCCCGGGCUAAAGCUGUGGGGCAAGGCUGAGCUCGGCCCCGGGCUAAAGCUGUGAGGUGCUUGUUGCAUGUUUGAUGGGGCGUACAUGAGGAAAGGGGCUGAUGAGGUGUAGUUUGCGGAGUGGCGAUUUUAUAUAGAAACUGAGUCGCAUCACGGAAUGCGCACGGAUUUGCGGUGCGCCACAUAUUACGCAUGUUGCGGAACGGCGCUUGGGAGCUUUCCGCGGCGUGGCGGCAGGACCUCGGCGCCGCAUUGCAGACUUGGUUGACCCUUCCGGCUGAGCGGGAGGAUGGCGGGGACAACAUUAAUGGCCUGAAGCGUGGUGCUAGCGAGCGUUGAGGCCAACGCACCGGCGUGCCUUGAGACCGACAGGUGGUUGUGACUUCUUGUGGCAGCGCCGAUGGCGAUCAUGGGGCUGUACGCGGGAGACGAUCAGGCCGCGGUGUUGCGGCGGAGCUAAAGCCUCAGCGGCUCCGCCUUGGCAGGCUUAGUGCGGGGGGCAAGCCCACGAGUUCCCGUGCUUGCCGGGAUUGCAACAUAUUACAUGCCUUCGUGACUUCGAUGCAAAACGCUUGUGUACUUUCUACUGGGUCUACGUACGCAUUAGUUCCGCAACGCACGUCGAUUACUGGGUAAUUGGCUAUGGAGGGCCUGGCAGCACAUACCUUUAUAAACUGCUGGCCGUUAUCCACUGCGCAACGCUAACGACCUUGGGGGAUCCAAGGAGCUAAAAAUGAAUGCACAUUUUUGCACUGCGCGUGUCCGAGCAGACACGCUGACACCAGUGUGCGCAAUUGCUGUGUGCAUCCCCUACUUUGCUGACGCACGCAUGGGUGAUGUUGUCUGGCCUUCAAUCGCUGGUGCCUUGUCGCGUAUAAGGUUGGUGCGCUUGGUCGCCAGAGGGGGGGGGGCAAACGCGGAGCCGUGACCCCCGGGAGAGGGGGCUGUGAGCUUCCGAGGGGAGGCGACUGGAGCAGUAGCUGGGGACAGCUGUACUCGAAGUUGAUUGGGGUGUUGCUGAGCAACAUGGUGACGUGUGUGUGUGUGUGUGACAGCUCAGAUACUUUUAACGCUGCCCUACAUCCGUGCACCUCUGCGACUGCUUGAGGGAUUUGUAAUGGGCUGCCCUU